GCAAGCUGCCGGUAAAGGUGUGGAGUUCGUGUUUGCAGACAGCACAGACUGUCUCGUGCUUAGGGAGCUUGGAGUUUCUGCCCCUCCUUUGGCACUAAACAGCCAGGCAAGGGACUUUGGAACUGGACUAAGCUCCCAGGACACUAAUGUGGGCGACUGCCCCAGCCUCUUGCAUUUUUCUGCCCUGAGUUCCAGCCACCCCAAACUGACAUGCCAACUGAGCUUGCUCCUAGCCUGGGAAUGUAUGCUCUUUCCGACCUGGAUUCCUCCCUGACGAUCCGGCUACUCCACAAGGGUCCAGACUACCUGCGCAGGCAGAUAGAAAGGGGAGACCGGGCCAAGAAGAGUGCUGUGGAGAGACUAGCAGCGGAUAAGGCCAAGUAUGUCAAAAGCCAGCAGGUUAUUGGCACCAAGCAGGAGCCUGCCAGGCUGAGCUCAGCUUCAGAGAGCAGUAGUGAAGCCUGUUCUGUGGAAAGCAGAAAAAGCAGCAAAGACUCAACAGGAAGAAAGGAGUCAGACAGUGGGGACACCUGGUGCCCCACUCCCCAGCCAGCGUUUCCUGUGGCCCGGAGGGGCAUUAACAGGAGGCAACUGAGGCCGGAUUCCCUUGUCAUCUAUCGUCAGAAGUGUGAGUUGGUCAAAGGCCAAGGCACUGAGAGUGCAAGAGGGGGCUUGGUGAGGAAGAUUCUCCAGGUUCCCAGCAAAGAAAAGAUGAUCGUUUCUCCAGACAUGCCCAGAGUGAAGGAGGAAGCCAGGGCAGAAAGUGAGGAGGUCCGAUUAGAGAGCAAAGAAGCCAAACCGGAGACUAAGGAGACCAAACUGGGUGGUGAAGGAACCAGAUUGGAAAGUAAAGAGACCAGGAUGGAGAAUAAGGAGACAAGACUGGAGAGCGAGGAGGCCAGCUUGAAGAACAAGGAGGCCAGAGUGGACAACAAGGACACUGCUCCUCCCAAUCACCCAGCGACCACUCCCCUCGUCACCCCUUCCAGUGAGGACAAGGUGCCCAUGAAAGCACCUGUGGUGACAGCUGAGCUCAGGGACGUGAAGAGAAGGAGCCUGCACCGCUCCAAGUCUGACAUAAGCUCUCGUUACUCCAAAUCCUUCUCUGAGUUUGACACCUUCUUUAAAUACUGCGGCCUGGACCCUGAGGUGGUGGAAGAUCUUGGGAGGGAAAACUUUUCAGCAGGGUGGGACCAUAGGUCCUUCAAGAUCCGCAGUGUGAGCAUAGCCACCUCUGAGGGUGGCUUCUCCCAUCACAGUGGGGAUGAGGGGCUGCUGGAAGAGGAGCUCACAGAGCAGGUCCCUAGCACCACCUCAGUGAUUGAACGCAAUGCUCGGAUUAUCAAGUGGCUGUAUACAUGUAAAAAGGCCAAAGAGACAGAGAAAAAGGGGGCCCAGGACUUAGCUGGAAAGGUGCUGGUUCCCAAGGCCACAGAAACACGGUAAAACCAAGAAUGCAGACUUUCCCUGAGAUGGAGGCUACACAGAACAGAUCAUGGACUGGUUAGGACUUUCUCAUCUCUCUUAAGCUUCCACCUGCUUGACAGAGCUUGGGAAGCAUUUGCUUCUUCACCAGAGGAAGUCUUCCUUUACCUGGACAUCUCAAAGGAGUCUGGGAGGUCCACAGCAGGAGAGGUGAAGUUUUGAGUAACGGCGAAGGUGGGGAAUCAUCUGAGAUAUUUGGAAAGAAGACCAAGUUCAGAUGGAUCUAAUGGUAUAACAAGCUGUUGAAAUAUUUAUUAUUUUGAAGGUGGGUCCGUGACAUGAGAUCAUGCUGAACCAGAUAGCGACCAAGAGUAGGAGGGUUAGUAGGUGAAGAUGAUAUCUGCCUAUCUCUCUGACUGUGGAGAGACCCAGAGACACUAAAUUACAAACUUAGCUUAAACUAAAUAUUGUAUUCUAUUUUUGUACUUAUGUUACUGUGGUUAAACCCUUGAGUUCCUUAAGUAUUUAUUUGAGAAUAGUUGUAAAACAGAAAAUCCAGGUAGCUUAAUCUGGGGAGGUGAUAUUAAAUAUGUAUGCUAAAGCUCCAUACAAAUAUGAUCAUCUGUACUACCCAGAAGACUGACUAUGCUAAUGAACAUGUUUGUGACAAAUCAUGAAAUUAUUUUCUUCAGAAUCUUUGUGGGUCAUGGGAGGAAAAACAAACUGGCCAUCAUGACAUUGAUAGAGAUUCUUUUCUUUCCCAACUGAUAUUCCAUUAUGAGGAUUUUUCUUUAGUCAUAACUCUAAAAAUGCUGCUAUUUAUCUAAACACUGGGUGAUACCCUUGGAUAAAAUAGAUAAUGUAAAUAUUGGGGGGAGUUAUUCAUUCUAGUUGAAGGUAUGCAAUUAAUUCUUCACAUAAAUGGACCUGUAUUCCUUCAAACAAGACCAUUAAAUGCUUUUCUUCUGUUAAAUACAAUAGGGGUCAGCAUUUCAGGCCAAAUGCCCUUUAAAUCAAAGUGAUAGCUGACAUCUAUCUAUCUAUCCAUAGAAUGGAGGGGAAGGACCUGGUUUUAGCUUUAAGAUAUUAGGAGGCUACUGAGCAUUUAUAAAACGUAUGGGGGUCAAACCUGGGUAUGUCUUGGAAACUGGACACUUAGUUAUAGAUAAAAGGAGUACUCAGAGCAGAAGAUCAAAAGAUCUUGUACUUCAGUAGCCCAUACCCCUCUGUGACCUGGAAGCUAUGAACUAGAGCUGAGAGUAAGUUAGUAUUGCCAAUUCAUACUGUGCUCUCUAUUCUCCAUCUGGAGAGAAAGUCCUUGGUACUAAGUCUAGAUACAAGAAUAAAAAGUUGAUACUUUUUCUUUAAUAAGAGAUUGAGAGUGAGAAAACCUUUGUCCUAAUUCUGUAUUUCCCCAACCUGUAAAUCACUUAACCCCUCUGUGCCUUAGCCUUACCAGAAGAGAUAAGGCUCUGCUAACCAUCAGAACAAGGAAUAAUUUAUCUAUUUCAUUAUUAAUAGAAAACUCUUAUUAGAAGUAACAUAUUUAGAGAUUACAGAAGGCAGAACUAUUGUAUAAAUACAGGUAUUAGCACUUGCCUAUUUACUCAUGUAUAGAAACAGUUAAACAGCCUUAUUUCAAACUGUACAUAUACAACUGCUUAGGUUAAUUAUGAUCAUAUAAAAAACCUAUCAGUUAUUAGUCACUUGCUGAAAGAAAGCUCUUUGUACAUUGCCCUUUUUUAUAGGGGUUAGUGUCCUUGGUUACAGGAACAGUUUUGUGAUAAAGACAUAAGUCUACGCUUUAGCCACUCUAUUUAGACUCAUUAAAAUCUGCUUUUGCCAUUUACAACUACAAUAAUGUAUAUUCUGUAUAACAAAAAUAAAGGUGUAUAUUUCAUUUACACAUAAGAAAUCUUGCCAUCCUGUCUAUGAGAUUCUUUUAUAGAAAAUGGAAUGUAUUUCAAAAUUAGAAUAACUAAUUUUAAAAAGUCUUUUGUUUGCUUCUAUUUUAUUCUUUUUGAUUUUCAUCUCUCUUU